UAUAAACCUGCCACCCUUGUGAACAUAAGCACCGUUGUGCACAGUGCUAUGUCAGCUGGAGAGCUUCUCACAUUAACAGAGCUUCUGCUGCUCAUGGAGGUGGUUUUAUUAUGCUGACGGGAGAGCUCUCUGUAAUAUGAAAGAGUUCACUGAACAAUGUAAUUAUUUCUUUUUUAUUUAAUGUGCCUUCUUUAAUGUUUGACUUUAAUGAUUUAAUGUUAAUCAGUGUUAUGCUCACUAUGGGGAGGUUUUUUCCCCCUCCUCCUUCUUGUUGUCUAGAUCAAGUUACAAUGAAGAUGAAGAUUCUCUCAUUCUGCCACAGCUCCAGAGCCAGCUCCCCUCUCCCUGGGUUUAUUGUUUUCUUCCUUAUUUGUUAUGUUCACAAGAUGGAAUCAGCAAAGUUCACAGGGAUUGGACCCCAUGACCCUGUCACUGCCAUCGUGGGUCAGGAAGCUGUGUUACCCUGUCACCUGUCCCCCCAGAUGAGCGCUGCAAACAUGGAGGUGAGAUGGUUCCGAUCUCAGUUUUUAUCCUUUGUGCACCUGUAUCAUGAUGGGAAUGAUCAGUAUGAUGGGAAAAUGCCAGAGUAUCGGAGGACAGAGCUUUUGAAAGCUGGAUUCACAGAUGGAAAUGUUCCCUUGAGGAUUCUCAAUAUCAGACGCUCUGAUGAAGGACAAUACCACUCCUCUGUUCAAGAUUAUACUUUUUAUGAAGAAAGUAUAUUGGAACUGCAGGUAGCAGGGAAAAAAGAUAUAGAAAUUGAGUUGAAGGGAACAUUUGACAAAAUGGCAGUUCCUAAGAAAGCGAAGCUAGAUGUCCGAUCAUUUCAGCCUGCUUGGACAGACGCAUUUGGAUUUAUUGAAAAGAAGGACCGUGCUAUUUGUGCUUUCUGUUAUGAAAAUGUUGUAUUUCGCACAUCAAGUGUUCGACAUUUUGAAAUGAAGCAUGAGAAAAUCUUGCUUGACGAAGCAGACAAGACUGAAUCAAUCAAAAAGGCAGUAGCAGCCUAUGAGAAGCAAAGCAGUGUUUUUAAAAGCUUAAGUAUAAGUAAAAAUCAAGAUACAGAAGGAAGUUACAAGAUUGCACAGUGCAUUGCAAAAAAUGGAAAGCCGUUUACAGAUGGGGAAUAUAUACAAGAAGUUUUUCUCAGCAGUUUGGAGAUUUUGUUCAAUGAUUUCCAAAUAAAGAUACAAUCAUAUCUAGAAUAAAAAACUGCUCAUCUCUGCCAGAACAGUUGAGAGACGCAUAAGUGAAAUGGCAGAAAACAUGAAGGAAAAGCAGAUUACUGCAUUGAAAGACACAGCAGUGUUUAGUGUUGCAGUUGAUGAGAGCGUGGAUAUAAACGACGUUCCACGUUUGGCAAUUUUGCAAGAUAUUGUACUUCCGAUAAAAUCCAAGAGGAACUUUGUUGCCUAAAACCCCUGCAUGGCACAACAAAGGGGGAAGAUAUACUGGAAAGUUUUAUAAACCAUUUUGAAGAACGA